AUGCUUGAAACAAAAUGCCAAAAGUUAUUGGAUGAACUAAAUGGAAAAACUGUAAUGGUGGAAGAAAUUAAAACCAAAAGUGAAAUGUUUGAUGCAGUAAAGCUAAAAGCCUCAAACUAUGAAGAAGAAGCCAGAAAAUGUCAAUCAGAAUUAGAAUUGGUAAAGAGAUCCCUUGAUAUUGCAAGAGAGGAAAAAGAAACACUUAAUUUGGAGCUUACAAACCUUAAACAACAAGUUGAACUACUUAAGAAUGAUAAAAUGUAUCUAACAAAAGAAAUUGAAAAUAACUCAAACAAAUCGAGUAAGAAUGAGGAUGACAUUUUGAGAUUAGAAAAUAAGUUGAAAGAAAUGAGAAAAGAAAAAAAGACACUUUAUGAUAAACUAUUAUCAACAAGAGAGGAGUCUAAAACUGAAUAUGAAAGAAGUCUUCAAGAAGAAAUUCAAAAGCUAAAGGAAAAAACUCAAAAAGAUUUGGAUAUUAUCAAGCAAAACUCACAAGAAAAUUAUGAAAGAGAGAAUAGAAUGUUAAAAGAAUCAAAAGAUGGGGCCGAAGCUCAAGUAGAAAAGUUAAAGAGACAAGUGGAAGACCUAAAGGAAACUAAUACUAAUGUUAUGAUGGAGUUUAGAACCCUCCAAAGUACCCUGGAAAAGCAAAUCAGUGAGAUUAGGACACAAGCAAACCUUAAAAUUUUUGAUAAUGAAAGAUUGCAAGUGUCUCUUAUGGAACAUGCAGAAAAUCUGAAGCAAUCAAAGAUUGAAAGUGAGAUUAUGAAGAAAAAAUUAGAUGUUCUCAAAACAGAAUAUUAUUCUUUGCAGAAUUCAACUGGAAAAAAAAUAACAGAGCUGGAAACAACUCUCAGUGCUGUAACUAAGGAAUUGAACCAAUACAGAGACCUUGAAAGAGAUUUGGACAAAGUUAUUGAAACAUACUCUCCAGAUUAUCAAGAAAAAGAUGGUCAUGAAAGAAUACUUAGUGAGUUAACUGCGCUAGUACCAACAAAUAUGGGAAGAAGAGUAAAGUACAGUCUUUACCUGGCCAGAAAAGUUUCUGACUUGGAGAAACAAUUAACAGAAAAAAGAGAGAAAGAGAAGAAAGACCAAUCAACUAUUUCAAUGCUCACUGAAAGAUUGAACAAAAUGAAAAAACAAUUUGAAACCUCAUCAAAACCAUACAACUAUCUCGUCACUUCUCUUGAAGACAAAGACAGAGAAGUAGAGUUGAUGAGAAAGGAAUUCAAAGUUAUUGAAAAGGACUUGAAACAUUUUAAAAAAGAAAACGACAAGCUUAAACGAACCAAUAUCAAACUAGAACAAGAUUUGGAAAAAUUGCUUGAGCAAAAGAGUGUUACCUCAAAGCUUCGUGAUUUACUUGUAAAUAUGAAACAAGACCAGGAAAAUUUCAAUCCUUCUGCUGCCGUUGUUAGCAAAUUUAUUAGGAAUGGCAUUACAGAAAGAGAUUAA